ACUGAGUGUCAAAUUUACUCAGUCUUUAUUUUUGGAAAUGGAAAAUUAUUGGGAUGUUUUGAAUCUGCGAAACAUUGAAAUCGAUAUGUCGGAAUAUGAUAAGAUUUUUCGCAGAGGCUAUUUUCUUGAUAACAACGAGUUACCAAUCGAUGAAGAAUUGGUUCCUGAUAUAUUAACCAUGAUGUUAACAUUUAACACAGAACGUGAUAAAUCUAAAGACAUUUCUAUCGACGAACCUUUUGAACCUAUGAGCAAUGUAAACAUAUGCGAUAAUCUUUCUGAAAUUGUCGUUGGAGCAAUUGAUACCUGGGAUGGGAUGAAAUUAUGUCCGGGUAGAAAUCUAGCGAUGGCUGAAUUAAAAACAAACAUUCAAAUCAUUGUGAAGAAACCUUACUAG